AUUUGCUGACAUGAUUCUUCUCUCCUUUUCGUGGUGGCAGCACUAACACUUAAUUGGUUCAAGAUAUCACUAUGCAAUCUUCCACGAAAUCAGCACCUUUCAUCAAAAGAAUUGGAGAGUCGAAGUUGAGGCACAAAUGCUCACUUGAGUUUGCAAAUCUUGCUCUUGCCGAGAAGAAGGCUCGUAUGAAAAUGCCCGAAACACUCGAAUUCUUAUUGGCUUCAGGCAUUGUCCUUGACGGUGCAUCUCGCGGAAUCUCUGAAAUUGUCAGCUUAUGUCUUAAGCAUUUUCCAGAGUUGAUGUGGGAUGAAAGUUUUACAAACGAACUGAUGAAAGAAAUUGUGAGCGGACGACAUGUUGAGUUAUUUAGACUGGUGAACCCACACCACAUUCCAUAUUUGACUAAUGAUACUUGGACCAAACAUGGCCUGAUGAAGGCUGUGACUGAAUGGUCACCAAGGUGUGUAACCCCAGAUGUUUCUGGAGCGGUUUUUCUUAUGCAGAGGGAACUUCAGUGGUACAAGGUUCUGGAAGAUAGGUGCGAUCCUUCUUCGAAAAGUCUACAAUUGCUAGAAGAUCCAUUGAUGAAAAAAAGGAGAAGGCAAAAAACAUACUGGGAAGUGUUUGUAGAAUACAAGGUGGCCAGCGACCGACAACACAUGUGA